CUUUGACGCAAUCUGCAACCCGUAGCCUUUUUCUGCAGACGUGUGAUGGCGGCCUAACCUAUUAUAUUAGAAAAGCGGAAAAAGAAAGAGUGCUUGUACUUGUAAACAUGAGCAUUGAGUCGCACAUCAAACUUAAGUCUACGGGAUUCAGGUGACAAUAAAUAAUUAGGAUUUUUUUACCUGUGAUAACAAUGACGAACGAAGAAGAGUUACUAAUUUGUUACAACCGUGGCUGUGGAGAAAAAUUUGAUCCUAAUAACAAUAAAGAAGAUGCCUGCCAACAUCAUCCAGGUAAUCCAGUCUUCCACGAUGCUUACAAAGGAUGGUCUUGUUGUAGCAAAAAGUGCACAGAUUUUACUGAAUUUUUAAGUAUUAAGGGUUGUACUAGGUCACAUCACUCAAACGUCAAGCCACCAGAACCACAAAAACCAAUUGUUGACAAGUCAGAAGCUGAGAAAGUCAUAGAGGUAUGUGUCAAGCCUCUGAAUACUGAAUCACAAGUAGAACGACCACCUUUUAAUUCUCCACAAGUUACAUUAAAACCUAUAAUCUCACCAAAUCUCUUGGAACAAAUAAAAAACUUGAAAGUCUUGAAUAAUACAAAUCAGGAUAAGAGUGACAUAGCUAUUGGACAAAGUUGUAAAAAUAAUUCGUGCAAAGAAACUUUUAAAGGUCAAUUAAACAAUGAUGAAAUUUGCACCCACCACCCUGGAGUUCCAAUCUUUCAUGAAGGCAUGAAAUACUGGUCUUGCUGUAAAAAGAAAACAACAGAUUUCAGCAUUUUUCUCGAACAGCCUGGGUGUACCCAAGGAAAACAUUUAUGGUUUCAAAAAGAUUCACUUAGGAAAGUUGAGUGUAGAAUGGACUGGCAUCAAACAGCAACUUGUGUGUUUGUGUCAAUUUUUGCCAAAAAAUAUGAUCCAAACUUAUCAUGUGUAAAAUUGAAUCCCAUUCAUCUCACAAUAAAUUUAUAUUUUCCUGAGGAGGAUUCUAGAUACAAUUUAGACAUAGAAUUAAAAGGGAUUGUAGAUGUCACUGCUAGUUCUGUAAACAUGCUGCCAACUAAAACUGAAAUCAAGUUAAAAAAAAGCGAACCUGGUAGCUGGAGUAAGUUAGAUAUUCAACGUGAAAAUCUACAUCAGACUGAACAAAUACGUUCUGAAGAUAAAAUUACUUCUCAAGUAAAUGCCGUUGAUUUGAGUGAUCUGUAAACUUUUAAGUUAUCUUUAAACAAUUCAAAAUAAUAUCAUAAUAAUUUGUGAGCCUGUUAUGUUAUAUAUGUAACUAUAUUUUUUUGAAGUACACUGGCUCAUCUAAAAAUUUAUGAUUAACGGAAAUGGACCUAUGUUCUUGUAUUCUAUGUUGUG